AUGUCCGAUUCACCAUCCUCGAAUGUAUCUGGUAUUGAUAAUGGAGUAAUUACUCCCGCUGGCGGCGAGCCUUCUCAACAAGAUGUGAAACCAUCGACCGAACACAUUAACCUCAAGGUUGUAGGACAGGACAACAAUGAGGUGUUUUUUAAAAUUAAGAAAACCACAGAGUUUAGUAAACUUAUGAAAAUUUAUUGUGCUCGUCAAGGUAAAACCAUGAACAGUUUGCGUUUCUUGGUUGAUGGUGAGCGGAUUCGACCUGAUCAAACUCCAGCGGAGCUUGAUAUGGAAGAUGGUGACCAAAUUGAAGCAGUUCUUGAACAACUUGGUGGCAGCAACUAA